UUACAACUACAAGACCCCCCACCCCUACCCCUCCUAACGGAAAUUAACGGAUCAAAUCACAAGCUUUCACUUUCUGAUCUUGAUCACGUUUGCAUGUUUUCAUCCUUAAUCUUUAAAACGUUAUUUUUAAUCCUGUGUCUAAUUACAUUCUUUAACAUGCGUGAUGUUUGAUCCCUAUUGGGAAUUCUAAAUGGGAAUUCUUGUUUAAAUCUAUACUUUAUAUAAUCUUUUUUUCCCCUUAUUUUUUUUUUCAUUUUGAUCCAUCUCAAAUUGUUUAACACAACCCCUUUUAUACAAUUUUUACAAAUUUCAAGGAUUUAAAUCCCUUAGACUAUUAAUAUAUUUCAAACUUUAGUGUCAUAUUUCACGAAUCUAAGCCUUGUUUUUUAUGACUUGGUUUUGUAAAUAAGUGAGAUGGUAGAAAGUGAGCAUUUGAGUAAAGAGAAUAUUGAGGAAAGUAGUAAAAGUGACAACUUAUGGAGCAAAGAUAAUUCUGCUUCAAGUUGUCAUAGGGACCCUUCAUUUUCAGGUUGGUUUGAUGAAAAUGGUACUCUUCAUUCAUCACAACUAGUCAAUAGACAUAAUCUUAAUGCAGAUGAUUUUGAUUUCAAGUUGCCAAAAGGGAAAGAAAUAAGUGUAUCUAUUGGGACAGAGACAAAUCAACAUAGUAGUAGUAGUAAUAGUAACUUUAAGCACAGGAUGAGAGGUAGUGGUGGGGGUGAUUUUGGUAGUGGAGAAGAUAGGUAUCAUCCAUUUGACGUGGAGAAUGGUUUAUCGAGUCAUCGAGGAUCUAUCGAUGAUGAUGAUGAGGGUGGUUAUAGUGAUGAUGAUGAUGAUGAUCGCUCGGCUUUCUCGGACUACCAUGACUCACCACAUACAGAUUCAAAGAAUGGUGGUACUUCUGAAGUUGAUGUAUUGAAGACAUUUUUCUUCAUACUUGUAUGGUACAGUGUCAGCUUGUUCUUGACAUUGUACAAUAAAAGUCUUCUCGGGGAUAGUUUAGGAAAGUUUCCCGCCCCUUUACUGAUGAACACUGUGCACUUUGCGAUGCAAGCUGUAUUGUCCAAGGCCAUUACAGGGUUCUGGUCUCAAAGAUUUCAACCUGCAGGGAUGAUGUCUUGGAGAGAUUAUUCUUUGAAAGUUGUACCGACAGCUCUCACAACGGCAAUGGAUGUGAACCUCAGCAAUGCAUCCCUUGUUUUCAUCUCGGUCACAUUUGCCACUAUGUGUAAAUCUGCAUCUCCCAUAUUUCUCCUGUUCUUCGCAUUUGCUUUCAGGUUGGAGUCUCCAAGUGUAAAGCUGCUGGGGAUCAUCUUGGUCAUUUCUGCUGGGAUACUAUUAACAGUUGCAAAGGAGACAGAAUUUGAGUUUUGGGGAUUUGUCUUUGUUAUGCUUGCUGCAGUUAUGUCUGGGUUUCGCUGGACUAUGACUCAGAUUCUUCUGCAGAAAGAAGCCUAUGGUUUAAAAAAUCCACUCACCCUAAUGAGCUAUGUUACUCCAGUAAUGACUCUUUCAACUGCUGUGCUUUCCCUUAUUUUUGAUCCGUGGCACGAAUUCAGACAUACCAAUUACUUUGAUAGCUCAUGGCAUAUAGCUAGAAGUUGUUUGCUGAUGCUUUUCGGUGGAACUUUGGCUUUCUUUAUGGUGUUGACGGAAUAUAUUCUUGUGUCUAUCACAAGUGCUGUAACAGUGACAAUAGCGGGAGUUGUAAAGGAGGCAGUCACUAUCUUGGUUGCUGUGUUUUAUUUUCACGAUGACUUUACCUGGAUGAAAGGGCUCGGUCUCAUGACGAUAAUUUUUGGUGUCAGUUUGUUUAACUGGUACAAGAACGACAAAUUACAGAAAGGUAGCACAAAUGAAGAUGAAAUUGGAUCACCGUUAGGAAAUACAACUGCUAAGUAUGUUAUUCUUGAAGAAAUGGAAGAUCAAGAUCCUGGUCCUUGAAGUUUCCAUAUGAACUUAUCUGCAUUUACGAACGUAAGUGAGCUUCUAACUACACUGCUCUGACACCCUUUUGUAUUUACAUGGGGAGCGGAGGAACAAAUGUGCAGAUUUUCUGUCAAAUGAAUGUCAUCAUAUACACGAGGAAGAUUUGGUGAUCUUGAAGAUGAGGAAAUUGAGUUUUUUCACCUAGUAGGCUUAAGACUUGUAGCUUAUGGAAGAUAUUAAGAAAUUUAUUACUCCCUCUGUGAUAAUUAACGAGAUGCACUUUUCUUUUCA